AAUUAAAUGAACAAAGUGAGGUAGUUUAAAAACACACAUUAUCAAAGUACUAUAAGUGAGAUAUCGACAUGAUUUUUCUCAUAGUUAUGCGACCAAGGUUGGUGUCGAAAUCCAAUCUUACCUGACGACUGACAAUAUCACACAUGAUAGGAAAAUCUCUCAGAUGAAAAUAGCUAUCUUAACUAUUUGCUAUCUGGAUGAUGAUUUCUAAUAGAUUAGACUGCCAUUUUAAAGGUCGUAGGUUCGAAUCCCGACACGUGGCUUUUUUUUAGCAAUUAAUGUGCAUAUUACAAAGAAAUUAUCCAAGUCAGAGAUCUUUGAUUACCACCAGAAUGUAUACCAACCACUCAGAAAAAGAAGGAUCCCUUUUAUUUUAACUUUCGUUUUAACAACCUCACGUGUACAUAUAUUACAAACUUGGCAAAGAAGUAAAUGUAGGACAUAACCUUAUCAGUUACCUGAUACCUUUAGACCAAGGUGAAUGAAUUAUGAUAGAUAAAAAAUCGCAACUCCAAUGUAGAAACAUUGACGGCUAACGACCUUCUAAUUGAACUACUGGCGCUACGUGAGUUUUAUUCAAUAAACAGGUUUCAUUUAUCAGUAAGCAUAUUAUAACUUUAGCUGACGCCAAGUUAAAGGAUAGUACACAUGAUCGCAUGCGUAGCUAAGUUUCAUUAAUUAAAUUUAUACUUUAUGGCUUCUUCCUGUAACACGAAAGUCUCAGAAACUAAAACGUUGACCGUCAAUGGACGUUUGUGUAACGUCCCAUACACGUAAUUUACGUCAGAGUGAUUUUCGUGCUGUGUUUCAAGUGUAAUGCCGAAAAAUGAUAAAACAUCAAGUUAUGGGACUCAGGAGAAAAUAUCGGCUCACGAGACUAAUGAUGCAAUCGAUUUGGAUGACUUAUUACCUAAGAUCGGAGAGUUUGGUCUCUACCAGAAGCUUCUGUUGUGGCUGGUCUGCUUGCCAGCAUGUCUGCCCUGCGGCUUCUGCGCCUUCAAUCAGCUGUUUAUGACAGAUGUCCCUGACCACUGGUGCCGCGUCCCUGAACUAGAGCUAUUGAACCUCACUCAACUACAACGUAAAAUGUUAUCAAUACCACAUAAGGACAACAACACUUUUGAGAAAUGUGCACGGUACGCAAUAAACUAUUCUGAAAUAGUGGUGAUGGGAGGUAGUUUAGAGGCAAACGAUAGUUGGCCUACCGAGCCCUGUGUGCAAGGCUAUGAAUACGACACAUCUGAAGUGACCUCAUCUAUAGUUAUCGACUUUAAUCUCGUCUGUGAAUACGACGUUUACCCUACUCUAGGAUUAGUGGCUUUAAAUGUUGGAGGACCUAUAGGAGUCUACACAUUUGGCCUCUUAAAUGAUCGAAUAGGCCGCAAGAAAUCAUUCUUCAUCUGUCUAAGUACGUUGCUACUCGGAAGUUUAAUGACUGCCUAUGCUCACGAGUAUUGGUUCUGGACGCUGGCUCGAGCUGUAGUGGGGCUCACUAUCCCCGCCGUGUAUCAAAUACCUUUUAUUAUCUCUUUAGAGUUGGCAGGUCCAAAUUACAGGUCUUUUGUAACCGUUAUGACAUGCGUGUUUUACACGUUAGGCUUAAUAUUACUAUCGGCAAUAACGUACUUACUGCGAGACUGGAGGAGCCUCGCGCUAGCGACCUCAGUGCCUUUCUUUUUAUAUUACUUGUAUUGGUUCGUUCUACCCGAAUCUCCUCGGUGGUUACUCAUGCGAGAAAAACUUGAAGAAGCUAACAACGUCCUCAAAACUAUUGCAAGGGUAAACGGCAAAGAUUUACCAGAAGAAUACACAAUUAAGCUACAGAAACAGGUUAUAGAACAAAAGGAAAGGGGUGAAUCAAAAGUGAAAUCUGUAAGCGUGUUUGCUCUGUGCCGAACUCCUAAUAUGCGACUUAAAACCUUUUUGAUUACUCUAAAUUGGUGUGCGUCGGAAAUGGUUUACGUUGGACUAAGUUAUUAUGGGCCUGCUAUAGGAGACAACCAGUACAUGAGUUUCUUUCUAUCAUCAGCAGUAGAAAUUCCUAGUUAUAUAGUUUGUUGGGUGCUAAUGGACCGAAUUGGAAGAAGAUGGCCACUCUGCUUAUCAAUGGUUAUCAGUGGAAUAUUUUGUAUUAUCACCGUGUUACUACCAAAUGAUGCUCGAACGGAAACCCUUAUCCUCUAUUUAAUAUCCAAGUGUUUUAUAUCUGCAUCCUUCUUGAUAAUAUAUCCCUAUGCGGGAGAACUGUACCCAACAGAGUUGAGAGGCGUCGGUAUUGGCACGUCGGCAUACAUUGGCGGCUUGGGUUUAAUAAUAAUACCUUUUAUAAACUACUUGGGGUCUAGUAAUCUAGUGUUACCACUAGUAGUAAUGGGCGCAGUGUCUGUAGUGGGAGGUUUAAGCGCACUACGCCUGCCAGAAACAUUGCAUACGUCAUUACCACAAACGGCUGAAGAAGGAGAACAGUUUGGAAAGGACUGGACCUAUGCUGACUGCAUGGCCUGUGGAGACCAAAGGAAAAUAUCUUCGACGGAUUCCUAUGAGGACUUAGAUCAGCUAGAACUGACGCAGCCUCCGUUGGUCGAAGACGAAGUUCCGGAAAUACCUGACAUAAGGCGCAAUUCUAUGCGCAAACUAGUGCGCCAGUCCAGUAUUGUUGAUACUCAAAGAGACAUACACGGAAACAUGAAAAUGACUUAUUGGUUUUAAAUCAUCUCUACGAGCUUGCAAAAAUAAAAUUGAAAAAAAUAAA